CGUAUGAAAAUUUCCAAGACACCAAAUCAUAUAAUCUUGAGUAUACAAGGUAGGACGUAUUUGUAAAAUUGGUAUAAAGAAAGUGUAGUUUCGUGUAUAAGUGUUGGGCAUAAUGAUAUUUUCUUACACAUACAGAGAUCACAUAGUAACAUGCAAAAUUAAUCGACAUAGAAUUGACACAAAAUAAGCAAAACUUGACUGUUAUGGCAUACUUGAACGGUUAGAUAUCAUUCGUUUCAUUUUUGUAAUGGAGGAGGCGAUAAUAUCACUAUUUGGGUUUGUGCAUUUGCAAUAGCUCCACCUAGAAUAUCUAUGAUAUGAUGAAUGUCAUUAUAAUAUAACCGCAUUACCAUAAUGCCACUAGGACGGGAUCUCUUGGAUUCCAUCUUCUAUAUAGGAUUUAUUUCGAGUUGAUACAAGCAGGACACAGUUGUCAAAUAUGAAUACCGACAAACUCCAUGAAUUUGAUAUUGAAAACAAUUGUUUUUGCACCGAACUUCACACAAACUUGAUUUCUCAGUUAUACAUAAAGUUUGACAUGAUUUUAAUAUUUUAUCUACCAGAAAUGUACCCAUAAAAAAUCAAAGUAUAUAAGGAUGUUGAUUAAAUUAACAUUUUCAACUUAAACCAUGCAAAAUAAAUUAAUAAAAUUAGAUGUGAAAGAAAGGUACGCGAAAUACUUAAAAAACAUCUGAUGUGUAUACGGUAAUGGGCCCGGGAAAGAUAAGAGGUGAGGGAGGGAAGGAAGGGACCGCAAAAGUGUGGGAUGGUGGUGCACCAAAUGCCACCUAAAUCUCAAUUGCAAAUCUCAAUUUCCUUUUCCCCACAAACCCAAACAAUCUUCCCCAAAAACCUCUCCCAGUCGGGGAAGCAAAAAAAUGCACCCCGUCGACGGGGAACGAAAUUUGCAGCCAAUGGUAGUCACUGUCGAGGAGAGACGGCUGCAAAAUGGAUAGGGGUACAGUUUUAGCCAGAACACGAGACAAUUGGGAGAUCGAGCAGAGUUCUUCUUCUUAGCUUGUUACCACGCCACCACGUGUUGUACAUCUCCUUCUCUUUCUCCUUCCUUCCUCUCCUCUCCUCCUACAUUUAGCAAACCCUUUCGUUUUUCCUUGGGAGGUUGGGAGUGUUGAUUUUUUUUUUUUUGGGUUUCAUCUUGGGGUGGUGGAUUAAUACGGGCGAUGAUGAGUCAAAACUUUGAAUGAUUCUUCCAAUUUACUAUAUAAAGAUUAUUUGCUAAUUUUUUUCCCUCAUUCAAUUUUGCUCACACAGAUUGCCCAUUUCCGUAAAUUUGUGUUGUUGGUUAUGAUGAUGGUAGUGGUGGUGAUGGUGGUGUUGAUGAAUGAAUGAGGUCUCUCUAAUCUCCUCUCUAUCAGCAUAAAGCUUCCUAAUUUCUUGUCCUUUAAUUUUUGCAUUAAAAUCGAUCGACCCUCUUCCCCUUCCCCGUGUCUCGUUACCUUCAAUUUUCCUAUUUCUCCAUCUGGGUUUCUUUCAAUUUCCUGUCAGAUUGAGGUAAUUCUCACGUUUCUUCCCCGCUCCCUCACAAAAUACAUUUUUUGUUAUUGGGCAUUUUCCACCUGAAGCGAUUUCUUUUUUUUUUCCUCUUCUUCUUCUGGGUUGUGAUUGAUCAGGGCGUGGAUCAUUCAUCCUUGCGGGUUUUAGUGCAAGAAGGGAAGAUAAGAAUACAGUGGUAGCUAGAUUGGGAUUGGUUAGCAAUCCUAUAGAUGGCGAAGAGUUGGGAUCCAUUUGGUGAUUCGUGGAGCUUUAGGAAUUUUGAUUGGAAUGUGGAGAAAUCUCAUUUUCUUGGAGGAGCAGAAUUGGAAGCCUAUGGUAGGGCAGUGUCUGAUGAUAUUUUUGAUCGUCUCCCUGUGGAUCCGUUUGGCAUGGACAUCAAGUCCAGAUUCAGUGCGGUGAAAGGAUGGAUUGGAGUUUUCGAGGCCGAUUUUGGUGACGUUGGGGACGAUGAUGGCGAGAAGAAGUUUGUUGACGAUGGAUUGUUUUCGGGGUUUGAUUGGUUUAUAAAUGAUGGUGUGAGGCUGCAGUCACAGUCUAACAUCAAUAUCGGUUCGAUCUCGAUUCAUGAUAACAUCUAUGAUCUAGGGAUUGAUUGUGAAUAUGGCGAUUUCGGUUCAAAAAUUGAUUUCGACAAUGUGAUACUCUCCAGUAAAGGGAAAGAAUCAACAGGAAGGGAAGAGUGUGAUGCAAAUGCUUGCUCCGUGUCCACAGAUGGUUGUUCUCCUCACAGUUUGGGGAUUGAUUCUAUAUUUAAUGUGAGUAGUGGAGUUGUAUUUGAUGAAGAGAAAGAGUGUGAAGAUAAAAAAGGUGGUGAGCCAACUGAUGGUUUCGAUUUAGUUCUGUCUUACCUAGGUGUGAGGGAGCUCCUUGUGGUUGAAAUGGUAUCCAAGUCUCUCCGUGAUGUUGUCCGAGAUAAUUCUCUAUGGAAAAACAUUUAUAUCGAUCAACCAUUAAGUGAGAAAAUAACUGAUGAUGUUCUUGGCAAGUUGGCUGGUAGGGCACAAGGCACUUUGCAAUCCUUGACACUGGUUGGAUGCACAAAAAUCAGUGAUACUGGAUUGAUGCGGGUUCUUGAAAGCAAUUUGAGUUUGCAAAAGUUAUCAGUCCCCAGGUGUUUAAGGCUAACCGUCGAUGGCAUUGUGGGAAUUUUGAGGGCCUUGAAGUCGGCAGGCACUUUAAAAUUGAAACACUUGAGAUUUGGUUGCUUCGUUGGUGUAACUGACCAUCAAUUUGAAGAGCUGAGUUCCAUUCUUGGUGCAGAGUUGCAGACAGAGCAGAUGAGCAACAAGAAGAAGCCUCAGUUCUAUCACGUGGGACAAUUUUAUCUCUCAUGUGAUGAUGAUCGUGCCUUUGACAUCGAGAGGUGCCCAAAAUGUCAGAAACUGAAGUUGAUUUAUGAUUGCCCUUUAGAGGGCUGUCAAGUGAAUGAUCAAGCUGCCAGUCAACUAUGUAGGGCUUGCACUCAGUGCAUUCCUCGAUGCAUUCACUGUGGGCAGUGUAUUCGGGAUAGGGAUUAUGAGGAAACCUUCACGUUGGACCAUCUUUGUUUGGUCUGCAGGAAGGAACUCCAGACUUGUGACGAGAAGCAUGAAAUGAAGAGCGUGUCUUCUUCAGGAAGCAUCAUCUUUGUGGACAAAUGAGGUGAAUCCAACUUCUGGUUUUUUGUAUUAAGAGUGAAGAAAAUGCGUUGCUGGUAUUAUCCUCCUUCAUGGUUGUCGGUUAAUUUUACAUACUUCAACUGUGUUUGGAGAUGUGGCGCAAUGAUUGUCGAUGGAUGUCAACCCUCACUCUCGUUGCAAAGUUACACGAAAUCCUCCUGUGGCUUGGGGUUGUGUUGUCUCCUAGGAGCCUUGAGGCAGACUGACCUUGGUUUGUCCUUUGGAUGUUUUCACAUGACAAACAUGAACUGAGGUUCAAGAGUAGGCUUAACAGGGCCAAAAAGAACAAAAAAGAAAAGACAAAAAAGUGGGAAAGAACAAAAAAAAAAAAAAAGAAGACAAAACUAGCUAAAAAGGAGGGAAAUAAAGUAAGGAAAGAAGCAUAGUAGAAAGUGAAGGAAAUAUGAUAGGGAAGGGGGAGACACUGAUGUUGUUGCAUUUGAUAUGAGCAUUAGUCGAGGUUCCCCUUGUACAGAAUGGUUGUUUGGCUGGAUGUUGUGAUGUAAAGGACAGAGAAUAAGGAAGGACUUUAGCAAAUUAUAUUUCGAUUGAUUGGGGCAGGAGUUCGUUAGUAACAAGCUUUUUGCUGCUCGCUUGUUGGUGUCAAUCCUCUAGUAGAAGGAUUAAGAGUUGAGGCGGGUGAAGUGAACAAAGAGAAGGGUCUUCACUACAUAGAAGAAGCUUAGAAGGUUUGCAGGCGAGAAAUAUCAGUUUAUUUUCGCUUGCAAGGUGAUUGGUUUGUGUGUGUGUGUGUGUGUCAAUAUGUUAGGUUGGUAUUGGGAAGAUGAUGUUUGUGGGAUACUUGCUGCAGAAUUAAUCAGAUGUUCAUUAUGUUAAUAUUGUAAUCUUUCUCUGUUGUUUUUGUUUUUGGGAUGAGACUGGGACUGGGCUGGCAAUGUAAGAUAGUGCCCAAGUCUUACAUUAUCAAAUAAAUAAGUGAUGUCACAACUAAUUUUUGUAGAGAUUUUAUGUUUGGUGAUUUCUAUAUAUAUAUAUAUAUAUAUAUAUAUAUAUAUAUAUAUAUAUAUAUAUAUAUGAGGAGGGAAAUUGUUGAGAACUGAUACAAGAAAUGUUGCAUUGUCUACAUUUUCCUAGGAAUGACAAUGUUAAGCGAAUUGUCAUGAUUCAUUUAAGUAUUCUAUUAGAUUUAAAUUGACUAAUAUAUAUGCUUAGGGGUAAUUUGCAUGAAUUAUUUGGUACUAAAUGACUCUUUUGUGAACAAAAAACAAAACGAGUCGUUUACAAAUGACUCGUUUUUAAUAUCACUACUUUCAAUCUCAAUCUCCCCUUUUAUUCAUAUACGCAAUACUAAUCCUUCUAUAUUUUGUCUUCAUAAAACCAGUACUUUCGAACUAUUCUCCAUUAUACUUUUCAACUAUCUCUAGCAAAAUAGUCAUUAUUUUUUAAAGGUUUCAAAUAUAUGUUUUGUUUGGUUGUAAAAUGAUAUAGUUUAGAACCCUUAUAAUUUGUAAAUAAAGUUAUCAUAAAAGCAUUGUUCACAAAUAAAAAAGUAGUAUUAUUAUAUAUGACUAAUACCCAAAUAAUAAGUUACAUAUUGGUUGCAAAAUGGAAUUUGCUUUUGUGGUUGGCUUUAUUAGGAUAACAACCAAGAAAAUGAAACUUAUUACACGUAAGUGAAAAAUAAUAACAAUAUACAAAUCACCCAUCUAAAAAUUUAUCAAUAAACAACACAUUUGGACUAAUGGAGGUGAGUGGGACUAGAAUUGCCUCAGCACAUGCCUCCCUAAUGAUAUCCUCUGCGUAUUGCAGGAAAAUAUAGUUUAGAACUAGGAAUGAGAGAGGAUAAAACCUUAUGGGGUGUCGAGAAGCAUCAUCGAUUUCGUCUAAGAUCUGCAUACAACCUUGUUUAGGGGAAUAGGGAAGCGGAACCAGAUAAGAUUUUGAAGGACUUUUGGCACUGGAUAGGUCUAAGUUUUGUCACAUAUUUCCUAUAGCUUGCAACCCACAAUAGACUUCUCCCCAACAAGGAAAGAGAGGCGCGAGCUCACAAGUAAUGGCAGCUGCACUCAUUGUACUGUAGCAAAAGAGACAGUUGAGCAUAUCUUUCGCAAUUGUACAAAGACAUUGAUAAUUUGGAAUCAUUUUAAAUAUAAGAUGAAGAAAAAGAACAAAAAUCUUGAGUUCCAUACUUGGCUCACCAAAAUCCCUAGGCUAAGGAGACGUGAAUAUAAUUUGGCAUUGUCUACUUGAUGCUAUGAAAACAGAGAAGUGAGGAAAUUAUGAAGACAAGAAAUUCUAGGAUGAAUGGACUAUUCAUAGGAUAAAUGUCUGGUUUCAAAUUAACAAACAAACACAUAAUAGCGUACAAUGAAGCAUGCUACUACCUCAAAAAAACUAAAUAAGUUAGUAGAUCGGUUAGACUCCUCUAAGAGAUGGGUGGUUGCGAAUCUGGAUGGAUGGCUCGGUUGACACUUCGACUAGGAAAGCAACAAUAAUGGACUUUUGUGUGAUUAGUUGGGUAGAUGUGAGAGAACAUUCCGCAACGACUUGAGAUUGUGCUCGAUCACAAGAGCUGAACUUAAGAAGGCAGUUGAAGGUCUUGAGUUUGCUUGGUGUAAAGGCUUCGAGAAGGCCGAGUUAAACCUUGAUUCCUAGACAUCAAAAGGAUACAAAUCACAUAUAUGGUUUGCUAGUCAAGCAUGUAGGUAGUCCUUUGGAAAGAGAUUCAAACGUUAGAAUUUUCCAUAUAUAUAGAGAAAGUAAUUGUGCAGUCAACUUCUUGGAUAAUAAGGAUUACUUUGUUCCUUUUGGCACACAUUCAUUAGAUGCUACGAGACCAUGGGACAAAUCAUGGAUCCAGUUAUUUAAUAAUACAAAUUAGACGUC